GGGAACUUCCCGGAUCGCCCUGCUGUAGCGGACACUGGCCCAAUCGCCGCCCCUGCUCGGGACCCCCUGUGAUCCUGUGAUCCCUGUGCCGUGGGGCGCACCGUGCUUGCUUGGCAGCGAGCUGUCGAACGCUUUUGGAAGCUGUGGUCCUUGAUAUUCUGGCGCAUAUCUGCUCAAAAUGCCCAGCAAUUGCACCACUUCGAUAGGGACUCCGGAUGAAGGGCUUUGAAAAGAGAAGAUACGAAGGACGGUGUCGGCAGCACCUCACCGAACAGUGAAAAGCGUUAGUUGUCUUGACUCUCGGUUGCGCAACGUCCAAAAAGGUCCGGUGAUCCCAACCACCAACGCGGGAUGAGGGGCAGCAGCACAAGACAACAACACACCUCGACUUAACCUCAAGCUGCUCUAUAAACAGAGCUUGUCUUGCAUAUCUGGGCUUAAUCGCAUCUCACCUCUCUUCUCUUCUGAUCUCUUGCAAUUUCGCCGCGCCUCGUGCACAAGUUCUCCAACGAGGCGUGGUCAGUUUCAAGCCAACUAACAGCACCCUCCGCUCCGCACUCGUCGCCGCCGCUGUUAAAUACACCAUCGUUUCCCUCCUCGUGAGAACCUCGAGCCUUCGAUCGCACUCCUUCGCUUUAAUCGGAUCACCCGCGGCAAACGACAAGAAUAUCCCUAUAUAACUUAAUCCCUCUGAAAACACUCACAAUGUCACACUCCGGCCACGGCGGCGGCAUGGGCGACGGCCCCGCCUGCAAAAUCUCCAUGCUCUGGAACUGGUACACAAUCGACGCCUGCUUCCUCUCCUCUUCAUGGCACAUCACCACCAACGGCGCCUUCGCGGCCACCUGCAUAGGCGUCAUCCUGAUGGUCAUCCUCCUCGAAGCCCUACGCCGCAUUGGCAAGGAAUACGACGAGCACAUCCAGCGGGACUUUGCGGCAAGGGUAGCACUGAUCGCUAACGGCGGUCUUGCCCCCUCUUCCGCCGCGCCGUCAUGCCCCGGGGCUGCCUCGUCGUCGUCGUCGUCGAACGAAGCGGUUGCUCCUCAGACAGUCACUUUCCGCGCGAGCCCACUGCAGCAGCUUAUCCGCUCGUUGAUCCACACUGCUACUUUUGGGCUGGCGUAUAUUAUCAUGUUGUUGGCCAUGUAUUAUAAUGGGUAUGUGAUUAUUAGCAUUUUGAUCGGGGCAUUGCUGGGCAAGUUCUUGUGUGAUUGGAUGACCAAGACGGUGGUGAUCGGGGCGGAUGGAACGGCAGCGGUGAAGAACGGGGGGCUGGUGGGGGGUGGGAUUGAUGAGCCUACUGUUUGUUGUGGGUGAGAUGUUCUCCUGAGUGCUUGGUUUACAUCGUCACAAGAGGCCGGGAAGAAGGGACGGGUCGUCCCGUGGGACAAAGGGGAGUUUGUGUUUUACGAAGCAGGCAAAGGAGUUUUUAUUUUGGGACAGAACUGGGAAAUAUAAUUCGUUGAUACCCCCUCCCCUUGCUUGUGGUUACUCGAUGCCGAGAGGUU